AUAAACUUUAAUUUUGUUGUCAUUUGAUUUCGUCAUCGAGGAUGGCUCUGGUGCUGCGAUUUGCGACAAGAGGGUGUGGGGGGGCCAGUAGACACCCCACCAGCCUGCAGGGUCCUCAAUGGUCACGUGCACUCUUCACCACGCCCACUAUUACAGCAAUGAAUAAUCAAACAGCUGAGGACUAUUGGGCUAAGAAUAAACGUCUGCGUCGCCCUGUCUCGCCUCAUAUGACGAUAUAUAAGCCACAGAUAACAUCGAUGCUCUCUCUUUCUCAUCGUGCUUCUGGCUUGGCUCUUUCUGGACUGAUGUCUGGAUUUAGCAUUGGAAUGUUGGCUCUGCCUGGAUCUUAUCCACAUUAUUUGAGCUUGGUCCAGUCCAUGGAAUUUGGUGGAGUACUUAUCUGUGGUGUGAAGUUCCUCUUGGCUAUGCCGUUCAUGUAUCACCUUUGUAAUGGUGUCAGACAUUUGGUAUGGGACUUAGGUUACGGAUUCACACUGCGAACGCUGUACCAGACUGGUUAUUUUGUAAUUGGGCUUUCCUUGGUUCUGUCAGGUGUAGUUGCUGUUAUGUAAACAUAAGUUAAGCAGAGGGCCAGCUGUGAUUAAUGAGGUAAAAUUUAUCAUCUUUGAAUUGGUUUCAUUGUAUAAAUUUUUUCAUGCAAUGUUGUAUAUAUUUUUAAGUUCUGUAGAAUUAUUUAGUAAGUUGUAACAACCUUCUAUUUUAUUUGGUAAUAACAACGCCCCAUAAUAGUACUGAGUUGAAAAACCAUAAAAUUAAUAUAUAAGGUCAUACAUGUUGUAUGAAAUCCCUUUUAAAGUGGUAGUUUGGAUGCUUUUGUACAAAAAUGCAUUAUUGAAUAGAAAUGAAAGAUGUCUCAUCGAGAAUAGAACGAUAAUAUAUUUCUAAGAACACCAUUGGAAAAUUAUUCAAUUUAAUUUGUAUGUACAGUCCUGUAUAUAAAUAUUAUGUUAAUAAUAAAGCUAAUUGUAU